AUGGCGCAGUACAGUUGUGAUCGUGGUGUUAUACAGAAGUCGUGUUCGUGUAGAACGGCAACCGUGGUGUUGUGUGUGAAAAUCCCCAAAACAGCUCACUCUUUGUCAGUGAACAAUCCACAAACAGCCCUCUCUUCGUCAGUGAACAAUCCACAAACAGCCCUCUCUUCGUCAGUGAGCAAUCCACAAACAGCCCUCUCUUCGUCAGUGAACAAUCCACAAACAGCCCUCUCUUCGUCAGUGAACAAUCCACAAACAGCCCUCUCUUCGUCAGUGAACAAUCCACAAACAGCUCACUCUUUGUCAGUGAACAAUCCACAAACAGCCCUCUCUUCGUCAGUGAACAAUCCACAAACAGACCUCUCUUCGUCAGUGAACAAUCCACAAACAGCUCACUCUUUGUCAGUGAACAAUCCACAAACAGCCCUCUCUUCGUCAGUGAACAAUCCACAAACAGACCUCUCUUCGUCAGUGAACAAUCCACAAACAGCUCACUCUUUGUCAGUGAACAAUCCACAAACAGCCCUCUCUUCGUCAGUGAACAAUCCACAAACAGACCUCUCUUCGUCAGUGAACAAUCCACAAACAGCUCACUCUUCGUCAGUGAACAAUCCACAAACAGCCCUCUCUUCGUCAGUGAACAAUCCACAAACAGCUCUCUCUUCGUCAGUGAACAAUCCACAAACAGCCCUCUCUUCGUCAGUGAACAAUCCACAAACAGCCCACUCUUCGUCAGUGAACAAUCCACAAACAGCCCUCUCUUCGUCAGUGAACAAUCCACAAACAGCUCACUCUUUGUCAGUGAACAAUCCAAAACAGCCCUCUCUUCGUCAGUGA